AUGGAUAAACCGUCGCCAGGUUGGACUACUCAAACAUGGCAUUCCUUCACCAACUUACUCCAGCCCUCAUCAUUGCUUUACAUUGCACUCCUGUCUUCUCUAGCUACUACUCUGUUCCUUUGUUAUGGCUUCUCUCCUCCUCUGCUUGUGUCAAUCCCAGUUCUGCUUUUCUCCUCCAUCUUCAUUUCAUCAUUCUCCAAGAGAACAGUCGUCACUGCUGCUGUUGAUGUGGAAGAAGAAGAAGAAGAAGAAGAAGAAGCUGAUGACAAACCGAGUCAGGGUUCGGAAACUAUAGUUGCUGUUGUUGUUCCAGAGCUGUGUGUGACACAGAAGAGUGACAAUGAAGCUUCUGAGUUGCAUGAGUAUCAAGUGGAGUCGACGGAGUUCCCAUCAGAUGGUGAAACCAGUAGCGAUGAUUCUCCCAGGAGUGAGAUUUUUGAACUCAAAUGGAUGAAGCACUUCAACAACGAUGCCUGCGAGAGCUUAGCAUUCUGUGAAAGCUCAGCUUCUGAUUAUGAUGGUGAAGAAGUAGAAGAAGAUGAUGAUCUCAUCGAGAUAUGUCUUCCUCCAAAUGAGAGCUCUGUUUAUGCUGACGAAUUGUCAUCCAUGGGAACGUUUUCGUGGGGAAAGCCUGGUUUCGCGAAUGAAUUCGUCAUAAGGGAAGAAGACGAAGAAGGGAUGAUGGAGGUGUUGGAAGAGAUUGAUGAGGUGAAUGAGGAAGAUAACUUGAUGGAGAUUGACCUCUCAAUUGGGUCCAUUAAGUCUUCCAGCUUUCACAUGGAAGACUGA